AUGGGAGAUGGAUGGCGUUUGGAUUUUAGCCAUACACACUUUGACUCGUAUUCACCACCAGACUUCUACACAAAGGUUUAUAUAAUUGGAGUUCCAGCAGACGCUGCCAAGAAGAAAACGACGACGAUUGAGGAUGACUGGGCACCUGUUUGGGAUGAAGAGUUUACAUUUCCAUUGACAGUGCCAGAGCUGGCUCUUCUUCGGAUUGAAGUACGAGACUAUGACAGUUCAGAGAAGGAUGACUUUGGUGGGCAGACAUGUUUGCCUGUUUCUGAGUUGAGAACUGGGAUUCGAUCAAUCCCACUUUAUGACAAAAAGGGUGAGAAACUCAAAUCUGUAAAGCUCCUAAUGCGGUUUCAAUUUGUAUGAACUGCAUUGUUUUGUGUUCUUCCUGGACACAAACUUUUGCUAGCUCUUGUGUCUCUGUAUUGUCUUUCAUAUGAUUUGUAGUUUCAGUUUAUUGUAUAGCGGG